AUGGAGGGAGGGGACUCACGCAGCCUCACCGAGCCGCCAUUCAUCGCUAGAGUGAGCGUCUCCAUCAAGAGGAAAUGGCAGCACUUGCUGGACAAGAGUACCAUUUACGUGUACGGGCGCUGGAGUUUGACCAUCGGUCUCUUGAUGCUGUACAUCGUGCGCGUGCUCUACUUGAACGCUUUUCACAUUGUCACGUACGGCUUGGGCAUCUACUUGUUGAAUCUCUUUAUCGGGUUUCUGUCGCCCCAGGUCGACACGGAGAACGACGGUCCACUGCUGCCGCAUAAACAGAGCGAGGAGUUCCGUCCCUUUACGCGCCGCGUGCCCGAGUUCCAGUUCUGGUAUUCGGCUUUCAAGGCCACGACUGUGUCGCUGCUCAUGACGCUGAGCGACGCCUUUAACGUGCCGGUGUUCUGGCCCAUCCUGUUGGUUUACUUCGUUAUGCUCUUUACAUUUACGAUGAAGCGUCAGAUCAAGCACAUGUGGAAGCACAACUACGUACCGUGGGACCACGGCAAGCAGGUUUACAAGGGCAAGAAGAACGCGAAAUAG